AUGAAGGUCAGUGGUGUGAACACCCCCAUGAGCCGCAAAAGAGAGCACCGGGUUCUACUCAUGGUGAUCACCAUGGUGAUCUUCUAUCUACUCUGCUGGCUGCCUUAUGGGAUCAUGGCUUUGCUAGCCACUUUUGGAACCCCAGGACUGGUGACUGUGGAGGCUAGCAUAGUGCCAUCCAUCUUAGCGAAAUCAAGCACGGUCAUCAAUCCUAUCAUCUACAUUUUCAUGAAUAAACAGUUCUACAGGUGUUUCAGAGCUCUUUUCAACUGUGACCAACACCAGCGAUGUUCUAGUCUGAAAAGUUCUUCAAAGGUAACUAAACCAGUUCGGCCUGGACGACGCACAGACAACUUCACUUUUGUGGUUGCUUCAUUGGGACCCACAGCGCUGCCCAACCAGGCAAACCCAGCUGAAGACGGCCCUCUAUCAACAGAUAAUGCCAAACCUGCAGUGGUCUCCUUGUGGCCCAUUAUAAUGGUUGAGAGUUAUUCUGCUUCAAAAAUGGUGACACUUGAAGAAACUUUUCACACAAAAUGA